AUGGGCGCUUGCGGCCGCUCCUGGGCCACUUGGUCGCCGCCAGCUCACACGCCCCCUCCCGGGCUACUGCGUUGCUGUCUACGGCUCUUCUCCCGGGCGAGGCCUGUCACCGACCAGCAGCAGCUCCGCUCAGCCCGGAGCGCUCCUAAUCCCCGAGCUCAAGUAGAUUCCGCUGGCCCGCGGCCUGCACUCUCCGCCGGGCCUACGCCUCCCCGGCCGCCCGGCAGGAGCCCAGUCCCCGCCACCGGAGCCGGCCGGGAGAGAGUACAAAACCACUGCCACCCAGGGCGGCUGCCACCAAAACACUCACAAACACCCGACCAGGGGCCCGAGCUACCGGGGGGGCAUCGCCGCCGGCCCGGGACCAAUCCUCCAGUCGGCGGGGGCGUCCCUCCCUGCGGCUUGGUGGUGUCGGAACAAAAUGCCGACCGGAAGUGCAGCUGCAGGAAUGACUCCCUCCGCCGGCGCCAAACACUAACAACCACCCCCUCUUCCCCACUCCACUUCCGCCACCGCCGCCGCCGCCGCCACUUCGGCUCGAGUCCUCCGCGGGGCCGCGCCGCACCACACCUCGCAGCACCCGGGGUCGGGCCGAGGCCGGCAGCGAGGCGGCGGCGUCUCUUCUCUGCGCCCUUCACCUCCUCCGGGCAGCUGUGGAUGUUGCCUUUUGUUGUCGAUCUGGCAGAGCAGCGUGUUCGUUGUGGCACGGGCGGCCCGGCUCUCCCCGCUCUUUACCAGGAGGCCGGACGGAACGGGGCCCGAGUUCGGUGGUGGUGGUGUGCGUGGGGGACGUCCAGGCACGGAUCCGCUCGCAGGCUGCGCUCCCUACCCCAGCUGGUCGUCGUUACGUUUAGAGAGCCGCGCGCCGGGCGGCCACGUAGAGGACGCCUGCGAUACGACAGCGACAAUGCAGGUUUUUAAAUGGUGUUCCUGCCAGCGGGUGGAUGGAUGUAUAGUACCUUUUCUCCUUUUGAGAGGCCGCACUUUACGCCCGACUCUGCAUUAUUUCUGCGGAUUAAGAAUUGCAACCCUUGGAGGUGAAGAAGCUUCCCGGCUGGAUUGAAUUGGAAUUGUGUUUGUGAAGCAUUUCUUUAUGGAAAUCUGCAGUCUUUUCUUGCCUAAUUUUUUGUUGGCAGUGGUUUUGGUUGUUCCCUGUCGGGAUUAAGGCCUGUAGGCGACGCUGUUCGAGCGAGGAGCUGGGGAGCGCGCGCGGGUCGGCGCCCGCCUCUAGGUGUGUGUGGGUGGAGCCGAGCGCGGUGGGGAGCCGCUGGCGGACUGGAUGACGGGUGGGCCUGGGGCCAGCUGAUUCCAAACUUCGUUUUCCUCUUUUCAUUUAAACAGUGGGGUUCUGGACAAAGCUGGAGUACUGUCGUGAUUAUGUGUACGGUACCAUGCUUCUUGUGGUCGCUUAUUGUAACCGUAUGGUUCCGUAGUUCUCUACUAGGUUUACUUGUGUAAAUUAAAAGGGGACUGUUCUUCAGGAAAAAGUGCAGUAGGUAAGCGAAUUUUCACAAGCGGGACUAAAUUUGUGUUACAUUUUCAUGAAUUUAGAUAAAUUAUGCAUUAAUUGUAUUAUGUCCCAAUAUGCUGAAAGUGGAAAAAUUCGCCUACAGGUUAUUCAUUUUGCCUUAAAUAUCACUCGAGGGACUAAAUCAGAUCUUGUCACCUCUUUCGUGGCUUUGCAUCUAGCUGAGAGUUAAAGCCAAAGCCUUAACCGCGGCCGAAAGGCCGUGCGCGCGAUGGCGGGGAGCUGCCCUGGCAUCCUGCAAGCAGAACAUCUGCCCGUGCCAAUCCCUGUGCCAGGGUCUUUCCCCAACUAUCCGUACGAUUUGCCCCCGCACAUUCAGGACAUUUGCUGAGAUGUCACCUCGGGGUUUCCGUAGCUACUCUUUAGACGACAACUUCCCCAUCCCCUUUUCCCAUUUUAUUCUUAAGGCAUUCUGUGUAUCUACAUGUUUAUUUUUCCCCAAUAGAAUGUAAGCUCCAGGAGGGCAAGAGGUUUUGUUUUUGUUCACUCGUAUUCUGUGGCAAAUACAAUGCCUAGAAUAAUGACUGACACACAUUAGUUACUUAAUAUUUGGUUUACUGAAAGAAUGACAAUUAUAAUGGCCCUUACUCCCCCCAUACCAGUUUCUGAACUCUGUCCCUUAAUAUAUACCUAUAGAUACCUACAUGCUACAUAGAACUUUAUAAAGGAUUUGUGAAAACAAAAAUCUAGGGAGAAAAUGCAAGUAAUUACAGAGUUCUAGAAAAGGCCCUACUUCUAGAUAUCUGAAAGCCUCCACAACACCAGAUGCCCCCAAACCAGUGGUAAUUGUUUUUAGGUUUCUGUAAAUGGGCUUGUUAGGGGACUGUUGAUUAGUAAAUCACAUGAUCAUAUUCACACUGGGCCAUACUAGCUUUGCACUUCCUGAAUCGCAAACUGUGUUAAUUAGUCUAUCUGCCUUUUUCUUGAAAAACUCAUACUAUUUUCAUUAAAUUAAAGUAUGAGGAUUUGGUUGGCUUAGCCCAAAUCCAGCACUAGUGGAAAAGUUCAUUCAGCAAAUAUUUAUUGUACACAAAAUGUGUGCCAGGCACAAUGAUUCAAAAGGUACGGGUUUCUGAGGCUUUAUAAAAAGGACUAACUACAUUUGGUUACUUUGAUUGCUACUCAAUUAUGCUGUCAAGUAAAACAAAUGCUAGUGAGACUUAACUUUUACAGUUUCCUUCUGAAGCAAAGGUUCAGUGAAAACAGCUCAGGCUUAAUGUGGAUAUUUUAAUUCACCUUUUAGUGUGCUGUUCACUUACAUUUAUUUACCUUAUGAUAGUACUAGGCAUAACAAUAACAAAACUGAUAACGAUUUUUAAAACUGAAACAAACCACUUUGCUAGUGGCUGGGAAAAUAAGCCUUUUAAAUUAAAAUACGUAUACCAGUAAAUUAGAAGCUGCAAUAUGCCUUUGGCUAUAUUACAAAUAAUCAUAUUUCAUGUAUGGAAUUUUCAAACAAGGAAAAAAAGUCCUGAUAGGCAUUUUAUAAUCAUUAAUACAAUUAGGUAUUAUUUAGUAAAUCCAAUAGUCUUUUCUGUGUAAGUUUACGCAUUAAUCUUAAGAACGUCUUUAAGUAAUGUACAGAUAGCUCAUUGUUUUCACUCAAUUUCGAAAUACUCUUAAUUUGCUUAAGAAAGUACAGUUAUCUUCCUGUAUACUUUCAGAAAUGUUACUGUUGAAUUAAUAAUUUUGCAUGUACAGGUAAUGAAAGUCUUGGUGUUACUGUAGCAUUCAAUAUAAUAUUUUAGAUGUUACUUUUUAGUUUCUUUCCCUAUAUACUUAGUAUGGACUUACUCGGUGCUAAUUAGGUUUAUGGUAGGCUUUCUACACAUUAGUGGAUGAAAAUAGACAAAGUCUCUGCCUUUCUGCCUUCAAGGGUUUUACCCUGUGUAUAGUUUAUAUGAAUUUUUUUCCAGAUCAUAGAAUUAAAGAAAUUGUUUCAGUGGAUAUCAGUAUAUUUCUCUAUUCAGUUAAUCAGUUUUGCUUGCCUACUCGGAUCUUGAGUAGAAUUUAUUAAUCUAAUCUUAGUGUUUUCUUGAAUUCCUUGUUUUGUUUCUUAGAUUUUGUUUUUUGUGGGGAUUUUUUUGCUUAAAAUUUUUCCUCCAACACCAUUUAUUUUGCUUUUAUUUUUUUAAAUCUUCAUAUCCAUAAUCAGUUGGCUUAUGGUGGUCUUAUACUUCAUUGUUACAUCCUUGACUUGUCAGUUCUUAGUUUGUAGGGUGACCCAAUAAACCUUUAAUCUGACUUAAUGUUGCCCCCUUGCUUUGGGUA